CUAACCCACCUCUGCACCGCAGGUCGACAAUUCCCUUUGAUUGGAAGAAAAAGGUGAAGCUCUCUUUAGACUUUGGAGCAUUCGCGGAAGAAUUCUCCAUCAUCAUCCAUUUCCGGACUCUGCAAUUCCAUCUGCUCCCGGUAGAGGUUCUUGACCCGACCCGCGAUAAAAACAAAAAAGAAAAGGUGAACCCACCCAAUAGUUGGGAGGGGUAGGAAUCGAAGAGAUGGGAGGGGAAAGGGUGGUGGGAGUGGCGGUGGAUUUCUCAGCGUGCAGCAAGAAGGCUCUGAAAUGGGGGGUGGAGAACCUGCUCCGGAAAGGGGAUCACCUCGUUCUCGUCACUGUUCGCCCCCAUGGCUACUACGAGGAAGGCGAGAUGCAGCUCUGGGAGACCACCGGAUCUCCUCUGAUUCCUCUUGCUGAAUUGAGCGACUCACAUAUUAUGAGCAAAUACGGAGUCAGUCCAGAUGCAGAAACGUUGGACAUCGUCACCACUGCAGCAAGGGAGAAAGAGAUCGUUGUCGUGAUGAAAAUAUUUUGGGGUGAUGCCCGAGAGAAACUGUGUGAAGCAGUGGACAAAGUUUUUCUCAGCUCUCUUGUUGUUGGGAAUAGAGGACUGGGCACACUCAAGAGGGCUAUAAUGGGCAGUGUGAGUAACUAUGUGGUGAACAAUGCUGCUUGCCCAGUUACCAUUGUGAAGAGUUCUGUGAAUGAAUGAUGUACUUUGAAGAUCAAUGUUCCUAGACGGGUUGUGUGUUGAGAUUCAUGACCAUAAUUACGAUGUACCGCUGCCCUUAACUAAAUACAGAGCAACUUCCAUGUAUGUUGUCUUGUUAGAAUGUGUUUGUUAUAUAUAUGUAAUCAUCUCCUGAGUUUGUGUCAAAUAUGUAACUGCAGUUUAUGAUAUGAGUGAUGAUGGAAUAAAAUGUUCUCUAUUUUCAAUAAAUCAUUUGGCUAUUU